AUGCCCUUGUACCAUAACUCUACGAUGCCCACCCAAACCUUUAACCACGAACAAACAGGCAUCCUGAGCUGCCCACCUGAAAUCCAUUGGAUGGUCUUGUGGUGCUGCCCGGAUUUGAAAACAUUACUAGCCGCCUCCCACUCUACACGCGCGCUCUAUUAUGCUUUGAAGAGUUACCCGUUUCCAAUAAUCGAGUCGCUUGUCCACCAAGCUGUCGGCGAAGCUGCCCUUCCCGAUUGUAUAAGGGCCAUGAGAGCAAAGACCAUGGCCCAUGGUGGACCGAGAAGUGAGAGAAUGGAAACUAUGGUCCAAGAACUGUUUGAAAAUGAUGGUGUUGUACGCACAGAUUUCUGGUCAAUCCCUCGAGGCCUGGCCGCAAUCAGUCUGCGUGAAAUCUUCGUACAGCUGGCAGCCGAGAUAGGCUCGGAAUACGCAACAAACUGGACCUCUGUCUACCCCAUGAUUUCUCACAAUCCCCCGGUGCCACCUAGCGAGGCAGAACUAGGAAGAAUAGUCUCGGCCCUUUAUAGAUUCGAGACGUUUUGCACUAUCUUUGCAAGGGUCCUCCGCCUAGGCCAACCCGACCUCGACGCCGCAUACAAGUUGUUUUUCUCGCGCUUUGCACCCUGGGAAAUCGAGCAGAUCGUAUCUGUCUUUGAGUCCGUUGGCUCUCUUGUCAUCCCAGCGUUUAAUGACGUGGCACUCCACGAUAUAGAAUUCGGCUUUAAGCACGUAUAUUCCGCCGACUCAGCACAUUGCGCUCACCUCCAACGGGUACUCGGUCAUGGCCUACGCCUUGCCUACCAGCUAUGGAAGGCUCAAACUUACAACCAAAGGUACAGCCUCCUCAAAGACCUGUGUGCAGAUGGGAGAUGUUUCUGGGAUUAUCCCCUAUCCGAUUUUAAUGAAAGCAUCAGGGAUGAAAUCAAUUCUGGCAUCACAUAUCCCCCUCUACCCGAUGACGACCCCGAAUGCGGCGCGAAACAUAUGUGGCAAUGGGCAAACCAACCUAGACCCAAUGUACGAAUCGCAGGGCUUCUCAAAAACCAGAAUGUCAGGAGAAUUGGCUACGUCUUCUGGUCCAGGAGCCGUGUUGACAGCAGCCAUGUAACCGACACGCCCUAG